CGGAACCUUUGUUAUUACUAUGUGUUUCGGGGAUCGUUAAAGUGUAGCUACGGAGGAGGACGUUUUGGAGCGUGGAAGGACAUUGCAAGAAACAAACAUGUACAGAUUUUUAUCCCGGACUGUUUGUGCGGCACGAAACCACUCGCUUUGUGUCUCCGAGUGUUGUGUGUUUCCGGCUAAAUACGACAGCGUUUCAAGGGCAUUCCCCGGAGUCGGAGCAAACACUCUUAGCACAUGUACAGUCAGACGGUGCGAAAAGAAAGACGACGCCAUCCCCGCACAUCAAGACGAGGCAACAAAUGUAGACCCCCAGACAAAGUUUACCCAACCGCAGGAGGAGCCAGCGGAGGCGAAGGCAAACGUUGGAGGUAGCACACAACAUCAGACAGACGUUAAAGCGGAACAGGUCAAGUCUGAUGGAGCGAAGAGAGGGAAAGAGAGUCUUUUGGACCUCCUUGGAGCCAUGAAGGUUGAAGUUACCAGCAAAAGAAAGCUCAAAGACCUGAAGAAGCAGCAACGCUUUGAAUCGGCGACACAGUAUAAAUCCAGUCCAGCAGCUAUGGAGAGCACGAUCAGUAUGUUUCAAAGGGCGACAGUGGAGGCUUCAGCACAGGGUGACUCACUGGAUCCCAAGCUGGUCGCUGCAGCAUCCGCCGCCGCCGCCACCCUGCCUAAUCGCAGCCGGGCAGAGUCGGAGCUGCUGACACAGCUGAAGCAGCGCAAAGCUCUCUCCGAAGCUCAGAGAAACGCCAACAGUCUUGGGCUUCUCAUAUCUGACAUGAAAAUCGGAAAGACUUCUAGUCGGCAGAACGCUUGGCCUGCUGAUCAGAUCCGGUUUGACGAUGACGGACAAGGAUACGUACACGAUCGGGGAAUUACCAGUGAGCUGGCCAAUGUCCGCAAAAGGAGGAGUAUUUACCCAGAGAAAAGACUUAAUAUCUUCCCCCCCACUCCUGAUGAACCACGAGGUGAACCAGCACUUGCUAAGCCAACCCUGUGGGACAUGGAUUUCGCCAAUCAGUUAUUGCUGUCAACCAACCAAAUGCCACGCAAUGGGUUUGAGGAAAUGAUCCAAUGGACCAAAGAGGGAAAACUGUGGCAGUAUCCAAUUAACAAUGAAAUUGGCCUUGAGGAUGAAGCCAGUGUCCCGUUCCAUGAGCACGUCUUCUUAGGGAAACACCUGGAGGAGGGCUUCCCCCGUCAGGGACCAGUGCGUCACUUCAUGGAGCUGGUGGUGGCUGGUCUGUCGAGAAACCCCUACUUGACCGUUCAGCAGAAGAAGGAGCACAUUUCCUGGUUUAGGGACUACUUUCACCAAAAGGAAGAAGUUCUUAAUGAAGCUGAUGUGUACCUAAACUAAACCUGAAAGUGUUUUUUAAUAUAUAUAUAUAUAUAUAUUUGCUGGAUGUAAACACAGGACAUAUUCUUUCAGCAGGGCUUUACUGUCUUGAUCGCCCUUCCACAUGUAUGCAUUCAGAGGUUCUAAACAAAUAAAACCGUUUUAAGCCUUUCAUCUGAAGGGUAGUUAGAACAACUGGUACAUCUUUUGAAACAUGUUAGUACAUCUCUUGAUUUUUACUUUUUUUGUCAUUUCAUAUCCAUUAAAUAUAUAACGAAC